AUGGGUAGUUCGGUAGAAAGACUGGAAGGGCAAGCUGAAAUAUGGGAGCACAUGUUUGCAUUUGUAGAUUCAAUGGCAUUGAAAUGUGCAGUUGAACUUGGUAUCCCUGAUAUUAUAAACUCUCAUGGUCGUCCGGUCACAAUGUCUGAGAUCAUCGACAGUUUAAAAACAAACACAUCAUCAUCUCUAAACGCCGAUUAUCUUACAAGUUGGAUAAUGCACGACUGGGGCGACAAAGAUUGCAUAAAGAUUUUAAGAAAUUGUCAUAAAGCAAUACCAAAAAAGAAGAAUGGAAAAGUUAUAAUUGUUGAUUGUGUAGUGCGACCAGAUGGAGAUGGCAUAUUUGAUAAGACAGAAUUAGCAUUUGAUCUGCUAAUGAUGGCGCAUACUUCUGGUGGCAAAGAAAGAAUCGAAGACGAAUGGAAAAUGUUACUGAACAACGCAGGUUUCCCUCAAUACAAUAUAAUUCAAAUUCCAGCAUUUCCUUCCAUCAUCGAGGCCUUCCCGGAAUGA